GCACAAAUUUUCGCUGCGAAACGUAACUUUUUUGAUUGAAAAAAUAUUUCAAAAUGAGCAGCAUUUCGACCGAGGUCGAAGUUCAGUCCUCGCUGCCAGACGCCGAGGCUGAGAGCAUAGAAUUUCAAUCGAGCAACGAUGAAGGCAGCAAUAAGGAAAAUGAAGAAACGCUGGAAAUAAUGCAGGAAUAUGCCCAGGAAACGUGCAGCAGCCUGUUGGAGCUCGUGUGCGAUAGAAAGCAGAAGACCAAGGACAUCUGCCAGGCCUGGAUCAGGUUAUAUACGUAUUCGCCGGAAGCUGCGCUGUUGAAGUUCAUGCAGUUCGUGCUGGAGGCCAGCGGCAGUCAGUAUCAAAUACCUGAUAGACUGGAGAUACCCUUUGACUUCAGCGACAUUCUGAUUGCGGCCACGGCACACUUUGGCAAUAAGAGCUUGUCGUAUCCGUUGAUUAUGAAAUCGGGCAACUCCUUCGCCCGGAACGUGUGCUACUUUGUGCAGUAUCUAAUGCGUCUGCUGCACACAACUUCGCUCAUCCUGGACGAUGUCCUGCUGAAGAAUCUGGCCGGCUUUGUCAUGGUCUGCGCCGACUCGAAGGUGCGCGCCUUCAGGCACACCUGCACCCUAAUUGGACUCAAGAUGAUGACCACGCUGUGUGCCACGGUGUUGCUGGAGAGCGAGCAGGUCAAGGAGAUCUGGCUGCAAUUGUUUGCCAGCGUCUUCUUGGAGCGCUCCGACGAUGUCGUCGAUGAGAUACGCUAUCUGUGCCUGGUCGAGUGCGGCAUUUGGCUGGAGAAGUAUCCGCAGUGCUAUCUGAAUCCGGAUCAUGUGAAGCAUCUGUUCCAGCCGCUGCAGGACAAUUCGCGCAAGGUGAUCGAGUGCUGCUUCCAGGCGCUGUCCAAGCUGUGGCAUAAUCCGAAGCUGCGACCCGUUUGCCUGGAGCAGGGCGCCAAGUACCGCAUGACCCUGCUGGGCCUGACCAUGAGCGCCGAGAGCGAACUGGGCCAGAUGGCCAUACAGCUGCUGGGGCUGUUCUACAGAGCGAAUCCGUUGCUCCUCGACGAGUCCACGCUGCAGGUCAUCGAGCAGCUCGUCUUUGCCGCGCAUCGUGGCGUGGCCCAGGCCGCCGCCGACCUGGUGCCCUACCGUUAUCAGGAGACGGCGAGCACGGAGCAGGAGCGCAUUCUGAUCCUGGUGCAGUUCUUCGUACGCUUCGGUGAGCACGAGCAUGCCGCCUACCUGGUGGACGCCUUCUACGGGCGCAACGACAUCGUGUUGGCCUGGUCCAGCAUGGUCUCCAUGCUGCUGCAGCCCGAAUCGCUGAGCGAGCCGGAAACCUCGGCGCUUAUUGAGAUCUUGACGCGGGCCGUCAAGCAGGCUGUCACGGGCGAGAUACCGCCGGGCCGUUACACCGAGGAUCUGGUGCGUCAAGCCCAGCCGAACGCCAAGAAGCUGGCCACGCGUGCUCUGUUUUCCAAGCUGCCCGCCCUGUUGCGGCAGUAUCGCAGCUCUGAGCGGGAUCUGAGCAAUCUGCUGGAGCUGGCGCAGUUCAUGAUCAUGCAGAAGACGCAGUUCCAGGAGCUGCUCGAACAGAUCAAGGACAUUAUGUUCGAGCCGGAGGCGCUCUCCGUGCUCCAAAUGGGCGCCAUGACGCUGGAGCAUCUGUACGGCCUGAAUGCCAGCUGCCAGAAUCAUCGCAAGGAGCUGCUCAACAAUGCAGUGACCAACUACAUGAUUGCCACUGCCGCCUGGGAGCAAUCGCUGGCGGGCACCUCGAGGCUGUCCGUGGAGGACAAUGCCAAACGUCUAAUGGAUACGCUGCGUCUGCUCGCCACGCUCUAUGCACGCUUCGAUCUCAACGAUUGGCAGCUGAGCGACAAGGUCUUGGCCACGCUGGAGAAUGCUCUGGAGGAGCGGGACUCCCGACUGCCGGAUGAGUCGGUUUCGCUGUAUUUAACGAUUGUCUACGUCUCGCUCUCCUGGGAUCUCAAGCGCAACAAGGAUGCAGCCAAAGCUGGCCGGGAUGUGGCUGAGGAGUGCCGCGCUUUGCGUCGUCGCAUGGAGUGCUUUCUCUCCGUGAACUUCAACCUGAUCGAGCACACGUCCAUGAUCCAAGUGGGCUGCGAUGCCUUCAGCUUUACCUGUGACAUCUUUGUGCUCUUCGCCGAUCCGCUGCGCCAGAACAGCUGCGACUCGAUUCGCGCCUUGGAAUACAAAUCCAAAAUAAGCGAGUACGAGUUGAUCGAGAGCUUUGUACUGCGCUUUGCAUUCGAUGAAGAUGCCGCCGCGCUGCUUGCACCAGAGAUGUUUUCACUGCUCCAGAGCAAACGGCGCAUCCUGGCCAGCUACUGUAAGCUGGUGUUCCACAACGUGAUGCCCGUGAUGCGCUCUUGCAUUGUGCUGCAGUAUUACGAGCGUUGCAAUCCGGUCUUUGGUGACAUUCUGCGUGCCACUCUGGAGCGCUGUUUGUCUGUGAAUCCCGUCAACUGCGGCAUGACCGUGAUGCACACCUGCUUGCUGGUCUACAAACGCGUACGAGUCGCUUAUCCAAAUGCAGUUGAGGCGGCCGCCUCCACGGAUUUCGCGGAUCUACUCAAGCUGGCCAAUUUGCUGGCAGAGCUGUUCAAUGCCAAGCAGCUGGAAGUACGCUCCGGCGUGGUCAUACUGCAUCGCGCCGGCAUUCGAUAUGCCGCGGAGAUUAUGCCCGAUGAUCCGACCAGUCCGCCCGAAAAUCUACUCUAUCUGAGUGUGCUGCAGCAGUUUGUGCCGCAACUGCUCGCCCAGGAUAUGCUGGAUGUGCUCAAGUUUGUGCAGUUCAUCGAUCAGGUGGCCUUGCCCACCAGCCGAGCCGACGAGUGGCAGCCUCUCGUGGCCUAUCGCAACGCCCUGGAAAUAGCUCUCGUCCAGAGCUGUCGCCGUGAUGAUCUCUCCAAUCUGCCCAGCUAUGCGGUGGAGUAAGUAUCAGAAAUCUAACUAUGUGGGCUAAUAACAACUAACACAAUCCGUUUAUUCCGGCUAAUGAAAAACAAAUCAAAUUUACUUGAAAUAACAAUUGAAAACUCUGCU